UUGGUGUAAAAGAAAAGCAGUGUUCUUUUAGUAUCUUGACCAUAAUCAAACCAGAGCAGGUUCUUCAGAUCUGAAACGCUUUUCUUUUUCUUUCCUUCUCAAUGUUUCUGUGUCUUUGGAUUCUCCGGCGCUGUGUCAUGAUCUGACUCGGUUCUUUCCUUUGGUCCCUUUUAGUCUCUUUCUACUUCGUCGCUGUUGUUGUCUGAUCAUGCCACGCCCUUUCUUCCACAAGCUGAUUCUAUCAUCCACUAUCCACGAAAGCCGUCUGAGAGUUCCAGAUAAGUUUGUGAGUAAAUUCAAGGAUGAGCUUUCGGUUGCUGUUGCUCUCACUGUGCCUGAUGGUCAUGUUUGGCGUGUAGGACUAAGGAAAGCUGACAACAAAAUUUGGUUUCAAGAUGGUUGGCUCGAGUUUGUUGAGCGUUACUCCAUUCGGAUUGGUUACCUUUUGAUUUUCAGAUACGAAGGGAACUCGGCCUUCAGCGUUUACAUUUUCAAUUUACCAUCUCACUUCGAGAUUAAUCACCAUUCUUCUGGUGGCGCUCUUAUCAACAUGGAUUCGCAUAACCAUUUCAAACAUGCCCGUUUGUUUGAAGACCUCGAAGAUGAAGAUGCUGAGGUCAUGUAUCCAUCUUCUGUCUACCCGAUGCUUGAUUCUGUGCCCGCGAAUAAAGGGUAUGGCGGGUCAACGAUACAAAGCCUGUUCAGUGGAACUAGAGCUGAAGAGACGCCGAAAGUUCUGAAAAAGAGAGGGAGGAAGAAGAAGAACCCUGAUCCCGAGGAAAUAAACUCGGCUGCUCCCCACGAAGAUGACUCGGAGAACCGUUCAAAGUUUUACGAAAGCGCUUCGGCAAGAAAGAGAACAGUCACUGCGGAAGAAAGAGAGAGGGCUGUCAAUGCAGCCAAAACGUUUGAGCCGGCAGACCCUUUCUUUAGGGUCGUUUUGCGACCAUCGUACCUCUACCGAGGCUGUAUCAUGUACUUGCCUUCUGGGUUUGCUGAGAAGUACCUAAGCGGGAUAUCAGGGUUCAUCAAACUCCAGCUUGCGGAAAAGCAAUGGCCGGUGCGUUGCCUCUACAAAGCUGGAAGAGCCAAGUUCAGCCAGGGCUGGUACGAGUUCACGUUGGAGAACAAUCUAGGCGAAGGGGAUGUCUGCAUCUUCGAGCUGCUCAGAACCCGGGAUUUCGUUCUCAAAGUCACAGCCUUUCGGGUCAAUGAGUACGCUUGACCAACCCAGUGGGGGCGGGUAUGGGCAAUCCGGUGCGGGGUCUCGGUGAAGAUUUCGUUUAGGGUUUUGUAAUUCGAAAGGGUUUUAACUGGCUGUUGCAUCUUCGGGUGAACUAUGGGUGUCCUUCCUCGGUGUUUUUUUCAAGUAAAAUUUCUGGUGCAUGUGGAUAGGCGUUGAACGUUCGGCGUGGAACUCGUUUGAGUAGAAUUCUUUAGGAUUGGAUCUAGCUUUUGUAAAUACCUGAUUCUCCAUCAAUUUGGUGUUUGGACUUUGUGACCAGGAAGAAGAAGAUGGGUUUGUGUUGUGAUGUU